CAAAAUCAAGUGGACGUCACAGAAUGUAACACAGGAAGAUACAUUUUUUUACUCAUUGUUUUAUUUCCUGUAUUGAAUGUUCGGCUGCUGCAAUCUAGAGAUCUAAGUUCAUUCGCCUGCUUGGUUUGCAGUACUGUCAAAAUGGCCCAUUGGUUUCAUCGAAAUCCUUUGAAAGCCACGGCACCCGUCUCUUUUAAUUUGUAUGGAAUUGCAGGAAGUCCCGCAGCCAACAAAAUUUGCAAUGACCUGAGGACAACCAGGGCAAGACUUCUAGAGAUGUUCACAGAUGUCACCUGUACCCCAGAGAUCAUGAAGAAUGCUACUGAUGCAUACUUCUCUCUCCUGCAAGGGUUCAUUGCUUCUCUGGAUGGUACCACGCAAGAGAACAAACUGCGGUACAUUCAGAACUUCAAGUGGAUUGAUACUUUACAAGGCAACACUGCAAGUGCCCAGCAGGAUGCCGUUUUUGAAUUGGUUUCGAUGGGAUUCAAUGUUGCAGUCUGGUACACCAAGUAUGCCUCAAGAUUGGCAGGCAAAGAGAAUGUUACGGAGGAUGAGGCCAAAAUAGUUCACAAAAGCUUGAAAGUUGCAGCUGGAGUUUUCAAACAUCUAAAGGAUAUCCACAUUCCUCGCCUCAUCACUCCAGCAGAGAAGGGGCGGGACCUGGAGCCCCGGGUGAUCGACACCUACAUAGUCCAGUGCCAGGCUGAGGCUCAGGAAGUGACUAUUGCCAGAGCCAUUGAGCUGAAGCACAAUGCCAAUCUCAUCGCAGCCUUAGCGUUUGAGACGGCUAACUUCUAUCAGAAGGCUGACCACACCCUGAACACACUGGACCCGGACUACAGCAGCAAGUGGAGAAAGUACCUCCAGCUGAAGCAGCAUUUCUACAUGGCCUAUGCAUACUGCUACCACGGGCAGACCCUCUUAGCCAGUGACAAGUGUGGAGAAGCUAUAAGGUCUCUGCAGGAAGCAGAAAAAUGUUACUCAAAGGCUGAGGCCUUGUGUAAAGAGUACCGUCAGACCAAGGGCCCCGGCAGCACGGCCAAGCCUUCGGAGCAGCUCUUCUUCCUGAAGCUCGGAGGCCUCAUAAAGAACACACUGGAGAAGUGCCAGAGGGAGAACGGCUUCAUAUAUUUCCACAAGGUUCCAGCAGAGGCGCCAUCGCUGGAGCUGAAGGCCAGCUACGGCCUGGCAGAGCCCGUUGCCUUCGAGCUCCCGCCCGUCAGUGACCAGUGCACACCUGAUGUCUAUGCCACCUUUGACCUCACCAAGGGGGCCAAGGAUGAGAAGGCCAAGCCCAAGCAGGAUGAGGAGGUGAAGCCAGUCAAGGAGCCUGACCUGAAGCCUCAGAAAGACACUGGAUGCACCAUCUCCUAAGCCCAUCCGUGAACUCACCCAGCAGACACAGGAGGUCACACACACCCUAAAACCACAGUACAGGAGUCCGAUUGCUCUUCAUUGCAACUAAACCCGCACCGUGAAGGAAAGCCUCUCGCUUUAGUUUGGAUGGCAGGCAGAAUACUUAUGUUUGCUGGUUUGAGUUAUCUGAAGGCCUGCUUCAGUCCCGACUCUUGAAGGGGACUUUCAGAAAGUUGACCAUUUCUUUAUGUGGAUGUUCUUUACAGUUUCAUAGGACGAACUCAUGAUGGUGGAAGUAAACAUUAAAUUGGGGGUUUCAGACGUAAAUCACACUCCGAGACUGCAUGCAUUAUUGUAAUGCAUUCGUUUAGUUUGAUUUGUAGUGGUUCAUAAUCAGUAAUGUUUGAGGUGGCUUGUUCUUUUGGUGUAACUCAUUUUAUACAUUAUAAUAGAAAUGUAGCGCAGUAAGUCUAACUUUUCAGUCACUGGAAGACUGACCACACUGACCAUAAACUAAUGAACCAUGGGAAAUACUGCAUACGCAUUUCAGUUCCUUCUCACUCUAGGUUCCCGUAUGUAUAAUAUCUCUUAUAUUGCAAGAAAGUAUGUAACACUCCAUGACCAGCUACUGGUCCUUCGUUAAACAUUUGUUGAACAAAUAUUAGUCUAUGAUGCACUUUGGCUGCACGGCUUAACGUUUCUCUUGGACUCUACUUUUAAAUGACCUUGAUGUUCCUGUUCAUCUCCCUUCCCAAGGCUUCCUUCAAAACAGCUUACAAGAUGUCUGUUAUGUGUCACGUUAUAGCAUUCAUUUCUCUAAGCUGCAUCCCCGAGAACAAGGACCGGCUUGUUUUUUGGGUCCCAGUUUAGCGCGAGGCCCAGCUGUUUCCCAUCCCGAGAGGAACAAUAUCCCAGUCGAAAUUGAUACGGCCGCAGAGGCCCGUCAAAAUGGCCCCCAGACCAGGAGCCCCCGUUGUUGGACGCCAAGGCGAAACAUGUCAUCGCUUGGCACUCCGAGGAUGUCUCCCAGCAUGGUGUUGCGUGGCCCCAUGUCUCCCCCCCCCCCGGUCUCAUGAUGGUUAGUCUUAUGUUUGGCCCUCAUACCCCAUGGCUCUCUGCCGGUGAUGUGGCUCCGACACAAAGCCUGUGGGCAGGGUCACAUUUACGGAAUGUUUGGCAAAUUCCCAUGACCUAGUUAGGAUAAAAUGUCUUGGGUUCUUCCACAAAUCGUCCACAUCAAACAGAUUUUAAAUAUGUGUUGUUCAGUAUGAUACAGGGUGUUUCAUGAAAGUUUCUGCACACUUUUAUUAUUGUCGUGUACACAGCUGCGAGAUGACGUGAACUCACACAUUGGAGUAUUUAUCCCUACCCCAACAUAUAAAGCUAUAAAAGAACUCAGUAGUUUUAUUUUUGGUAUUCUGACCGUUUUUCUGCCACUUGCCUUCUGUCUACAUUCAUUUUUCCAACUGAAUAUCAGUAACUCUGUGUUGGCAUUCGAUGGCUAUGUCAUAAGAACUCUCAGUCGCUAGCAUUUGAGUUAUAAAUGUAAUCAAAUGACAGUCAUUUUGUGAAGAGAUUUUCCUUUUUUUCAAAGCUUUCUGCACUUUAUCAUUGUGUUAUUAAAAGUGGCCUACAUAGACGUGGGGAGACUUGAAGGUGUAUUAUAAAACAUUCAAAACAUAAAAACCUGUUACCUGUA